UGAGCUUGUGGUCAGAGCUGGCAGAGCUGCGUGGGGUGGUCAGAGCAGAGCUGCGUGGGGUGGUCAGAGCAGAGCUGAGUGGGGAGGUCAGAGCAGAGCUGAGUGGGGUGGUCAGAGCAGAGCUGAGUUGGGUGGUCAGAGCAGAGCUGAGUGGGGUGGUCAGAGCUGGUUGAGUGGGGAGGUCAGAGCAGAGCUGAGUGGGGUGGUCAGAGCUGAGUGGGGUGGUCAGAGCUGAGCAGAGCCGAGUAGGGUGGUCAGAGCUGAGUGGGGUGGUCAGAGCAGAGCUGUGCUUCAGAAACUUUAACCUGUUAUUUUCCAGGUUGGUCAGUUCAGUGGCUUUUGCCCUGUGAGCCGUGCAGGUGUUACUCAGAGCUUUAAUACAGAGGGAACUGCUUUAGACACAGACUGGGGGGCUUAUUCAUCCCCCUCAGCCAGAAUGAGGCUCCUCUUCAUCCUCCUCAUCUGGAUCCAGAUGUUCAGCCACACCGCUGCUCAGUCGUGUGAAGGACGCUGUGGUGAGAAACUCGCCGUGUGUUCCUGUCACUCAACGUGUGACGCGUUGAUGGACUGCUGUGUGGAUUUUAAGGAGUUUUGCCUUGAAAUCUCACCCCAUUCCGGUUCUCUGCUCGGAGGAACCGACUUCAGGAUCCUCAACGUCGUGUUUGACCCCAGUGCCACACUGACCUGCAGGUUUAAGUCUGAGAUUGUAACUCAGGGUUUUGUGGACGUGGACGGCGUCGGUCACUGUGUUUCGCCGAUGCUGUUUGAGUCCGGCUGGAUCCCAUUUGAAGUCUCCACUGACGGAGUGAAUUACAACAGAGCGGGCAGGUGGCUGUCAGCGCAUCACAGUAAGCUGGACGUGGCAUUUAAGCUGCUGCUGGUGAACGGGACGCAGUGGCAGUACUACGGCACGCCGGGCGUGGGCGGGGUUCUCCUGAUGGUGUGGAACGCCUCGCUAAUAAACGCCGAGAGAGUCAACGUCGAGCUGUGGGGCUACGAGGAGACGGGAGAGCCGUACUCUGAGCACUGGCAGGCGGACUGGACGUAUUUAUACACCGUUGGGAAAGACGUGCUCAAUAACGGAGCCUUCAGCUUCACCCCGAAACCCACCGAGGUGCCUCUGUCCAACUGGCACAUGGGCAGCAUGAGGGUCAGUCCCAGCACCAAACCGGACGGAGCACAGAAUGUGAACGCUCUGUGGAGCGGUGCUCAUGCCCUGGCGUAUCACCUGGAGGAGGCCUUUAGGAGAGACUCUGCAGGCUGGGCUCUAGGGAAGUGCAUUCUGUGGGAUGAAGAGGAGAAGAGAAUUCCCAACUUCCUUUCGGAAAUUAUAGACUGCCCCUGUACCCUGGCCCAGGCCCGCGCAGACACCGGCCGCUUCCACACUGACUAUGGAUGUGACAUCGAAAAAGGCAGCGUUUGCACUUACCAUCCAGGAGCUGUGCACUGUGUACGAGCCAUACAGGGCAGUCCUGCGUAUGCGGCUGGUCAGCAGUGUUGCUAUGACAGCACUGGAGCCCAAGUCCUGACUGGAGACUCCAUAGGGGGCAGUACCCCGGACCGGGGGCAUGAUUGGGGGGCACCGCCAUACCAGAAACCCCCCAGAAUCCCAGGAUUUUCACACUGGAAAUAUGAUGUCAUCACCUUCUACUACUGCUGUCUGUGGUCAGAUAAUUGUGACUAUUACUUCACCCACCGGCCGUCCAGCGACUGCAGGACAUACCAGCCCCCUAAAGCUGCCUCUGUGCUCGGUGACCCCCAUUUCAUCACGUUUGAUGGAGCGACAUACACCUUUAACGGUAAAGGAGAGUACGUUCUGCUCCAGUCCGCAGCCUGGAGUCUCUCAGUGCAGGGCAGGACGGGGCCGAUGAAGUCUGAGAACGGCUCCGUUAUCAUGGCGACCCGACUCUCUUCGGUGGCUAUGAAGGAGAUGGACUCUGAUGUCAUCGAGGUGCGGCUCACUGAUAGGCUGGAUCACCUGCAGGUGCUGAUGAACCAGGAGGAGCUGAGCUUCUCCGAGCAGAGCUGGAUGGACCUGAAGGGUGUGUUUGUGUUCUCUGCGGUUCCUCAGAACGUGACUGUGAUGUUCCCCUCUGGAGCCGGGGUGGAGGUCAGGGGAAGAGGAGGGGUCAUGGCCCUGACUGUCUUACUGCCCCUUGAGUUUAAUAACCACACGCAGGGGCUGCUGGGAAAAAUGAACGACAACCCUGCGGAUGACCUGACCUCCAGUGAUGGAGUGAUCACUCCAGCCAACAGCAGCCCUCAGGACAUCUUCACAUUCGGGGCCGGAUGGGCCGUCAGUAACGAAUCCUCUCUGUUCACCUACGACUCCCAGCUCCUCCUGAACGAGUACCACUUUGGGCCGAAACACGAUCCGUCCUUCAUCCCCAGCUUUUCCGUCACUGAAGAUCCGUCCGACACUCUGCUGGAGCCGACUCUGAGGAUGUGUUCGGGAGUCGGAGCGGAGUUCUGUAAAUACGACGCGCUGAUCUCGCGCAGUCUGGAGCUCGGCAACAGCACGCUGCUGACUCAGCGCAGCCACGCAGCAACCAUGCAGGACCUGCAGCUCGUGGUUUCCUGCGGUUGGCUGCAGCCGCCGCGUCGCGGCCACAAGGAAGGAACGCUGUAUUUACAAGGGGCGAAGAUCAGCUUCUCCUGUGACCAUGGUUACUGUCUCCAUGGCUCCCAGGAGCGCGUCUGUCAGGAGGAUGGCCAGUGGUCAGGAAACGACACACACUGCGUUUCAGACAACAUUCUGGGCAUCGCACUGGGCAGCGCUGCAGCCGUACUGACGCUGAUUAUUAUGGUCGUAGCGAUAGUCCUUCACUCCAAGAAGCAGAAAAGGCAGAAGAUCAAAGAAGUAGAAGAUCAAGAAGUUUAUCAGCCGCAGUCGGUCGACCUCUGACCCUCACCACGUCCAGCUGAGACGUCCAGAAUGAAGCAGGAGCUUCACGUAAAGUUUUAAACGUUUCAGAUCAGAUCAACAGAUUCCAGUUUCAUUUUCACCUGUGAUUUUAAUUUUUACGCCUUAUUCAUUUCCCAGAUUUUCCUCCACAGUUAUUCGGCCUGAUCACACCUGCUGCUCAAAACUCUACACUCCCCUCCCAUAUUAAUCAUGUUUUAUUCAAUAAUAACUUAAACUGUAGGCUUUUAUAAACUUCUCAAAAAGUCAUUUUAAAAAGUCAUUUUAUGUUUG